UUUCCAAAGCCAAAACCUAUGAACAGUUUUAGGGUUUCAGUUGGAGAAGAAAUUGGAUUAUUGGAAGCCUACCGCUCACUGAAUUUGCGAAGAUCAAUACACAGUCGUUAAGAUGAGUUUUAACAACUUAAGUAGCAACCAUGGUCUUCAAGAGCUUGGUACAAAGGCUGUAAAGUUGGAGCAACAUUUCGUCAGAGGAUCACAACAAAAUGUGUACCCCCAAAUCUAUUUUUCUAGGUCUGAAGAAUCCAAAUCCCUUUCUAGGGGGCAUUGCAUUGAGGAAAAUAUGUCUGCCUCUUUAAAUGUGCCAAACAUUGGUGCAAGUGUUGCAAAUCGAGGCGGGCCUUCAGUUGAUAAUUCUACCCUUUGUUCUACAUCAUCAAUAUCUCCUGCCCCCAUUUGUCGUCAGUUUUGGAAAGCUGGGAAUUACAAUGACAGGCUCAUUUCUAAGCCACCCAGCCUAAAUGGCACAGGUCAUGUUCAUAUCCAUCCCAAAUUUCUUCAUUCCAAUGCCACUUCACAUAAAUGGGCCUUCGGCGCCAUAGCAGAACUGGUUGAUAAUGCUGUUGAUGAGAUACGAAAUGGAGCUGCCACCUUUGUUAAUGUAGAUAAAACUGCAAAUCCCAGGGAUGGAAAUACUGCUCUGUUAAUUCAAGAUGAUGGUGGUGGAAUGACUCCUGAAGCUAUGCGGUGCUGCCUUAGUUUCGGGUUUUCUGAUAAGAAGUCAAAAAAUGCAAUAGGGCAAUAUGGAAAUGGCUUCAAGACCAGCUCUAUGAGACUUGGGGCUGAUGUCAUUGUCUUCAGCCGUAGCAAGAGGAACAGGAAGUCGACCCAAAGUGUCGGUCUACUAUCUUAUACAUUUUUAAUGCAAACAAGACAGGAUAGAAUAUUGGUUCCAAUGGUUGAUUACCAGUUUGAUUCACACAGUGGCAAAUGGACUCCAAUACACAGUGAAGAACAACACAAUAGCAAUCUGUCCAUCUUGUUACAAUGGUCUCCAUUUGCUACAACUGCUGAACUUCUGAAACAAUGUGAUGAAACCCGUGAUCAUGGUACAAGGAUAAUCAUCUAUAAUUUAUGGCAUGAUGAUGUAGGAAAGUUGGAACUUGAUUUCGAAUCAGAUCCUGGGGAUAUCUGUAUAUCCAAGGGAAACAAUAAUCAGAAAGUUUCUUCCAAGAAGGAAACAACUGAACAUCUUGCUUUCCGCAUUCACUAUUCACUUCGUGCAUAUUUGUCUAUUCUUUACUUGAAAAUUGAGGACAACUUCUGCAUAAUAUUGCGUGGACAAGUUGUUGAGUUUCAUAGCAUAGCUAAUGAUCUCAAAUUCCCUGAAUUCAUUUUGUACCGGCCACAUAAUGCCGAGGGUCAAAUACUCACAACCAUUGGGUUUGUUAAGGAAGCUCCAGAUGUCAACGUGCAUGGUUUUAAUGUCUACCACAAGAAUAGAUUAAUACUGCCAUUUUGGCACGUCGUAGCCUACUCAACAAACCGAGGUAGAGGCGUUGUGGGGGUUUUAGAAGCUAAUUUUAUUCAGCCAACACAUAACAAGCAAGAUUUCGAAAAAACUCCAGUUUUUCUGAAGCUUGCAGCCCGGCUCAAAGAAAUGACACUCGAAUACUGGGAUUACCAUUGUGGACUUAUUGGUUAUCAGGUUACAAAAAAUCCUCGACCGAACACAACCUCUUAUGCUCAAAUUCCGGCUCCAUCCAGGCAACCAAAUGCUCAAAUUCCGGCCCCAUCCAGGCAAUCAAAUGCUCAAAUUCCGGCCCCAUCCAAGCAGCCAAAUAGUAUAUUCAAGCCUGUUGUGCUGACUAAAAAUCCGUCCGACCAUGUUGUUGGUGCUAAAGCACCUUCUGCAGUCAGUUCCAGUCGACAUCAAGUACGAUCAAAUCAGGCCACCAAAGAAUACAGUAACCCAAUGGGGGCACUUAUUGAACAAUUUUUAGAGGGGCCACCUUCAAAGCGAAAAGCGCAUGCCCAGAGUGCUGAACCCAAGAAAAUUAGAAGGACUGAAACUACGGCGACUCCAGCCAAUAAUUCUGAUGGUGGAGUUGUAGAGGUGGUUGGUACUGUAAAUCAAGACGCGGCUGCCAUAAUUCAAGAAAACAAAAGGCUCAAGGCUCAAUGCGAAGAGUACGAGAAACAAGACGAAGAGCUCAAUCAGAAGGUAACACGACUAACAGAAGAAGUAAAAGGAGCGCAGCGGGAGUACGCCCGUUUGCUGCUAGAAUCGAAAAUCUUGGAGAGAGUUGAGCAGAACAAUAGAGGGAUCAAAUCUGUCUAAAUUUUCUCCUAUUUUUUUGGUUUUUUGCCUUGCUGUGAAAAUGCAAAUUUUCCGAGCUUAAGGUGUCGGGUUUUCCCUUCAUUGUUCUUGUAUGUAUUUUGCUUUGGUUUUUCAAGUAUAAACUUUUGUUGAUGCAAGAAAGCUUGCAUUUUGGCAUUGUUGAAGCAAGCUGCUUUUUGUAUGGCAUCGCCUUUAAGCAAUCAAUGUAUCUAUGUGUUCCAAAAUUACUAUUCAUCUUCCUUUUCCA